AUGACGGAGAGGGGCAAACUGCAGACCUUUGCGGCCCAGGAGGUAUGCAAGUCUGGAGUCAGUGCAGCCGGGCCUCCAAGCUCUGGCUGCUGGAAGCACCUGGGUUAUGCUUUUACCCCGAUUCCUGAUUUCCAGCUGUUCCAGCCAGAGGCAGACAGAAAGUUGGAUGGACUCGCCAAGCUCCGGACUGCUCGUGAAGCCCCGUCUGAGUGCGUCUGUCCCCCAGGCCCCCCUGGAAGGCGCGGCAAGCCCGGAAGAAGAGGCGACCCCGGUCCUCCGGGGCAAUCAGGACGCGAUGGCUACCCGGGACCACUUGGUCUGGACGGCAAGCCCGGACUUCCAGGCCCCAAAGGGGAGAAGGGUGCACCCGGAGACUUUGGCCCCUGGGGAGAACAAGGGCAAGAUGGAGCUACAGGGCCUCCGGGGCCACCUGGGCCACCUGGGGCCCGGGGCCCUCCUGGUGACACUGGGAAAGACGGCCCCAGAGGAGCUCAAGGCCCAGCGGGUCCCAAGGGAGAGCCUGGACAGCACGGCGAGACGGGCCCCAAGGGACCCCCAGGGCCCAAGGGGGAAGAUGGGGCGCCCAGCCAGCCAGGGCUCCCGGGACCCCCGGGGCCCAAGGGUGAGCCGGGGAGUGUGGGGCCCCAAGGGCAGAGCGGCGUGGACGGCGCCCCAGGCCUGAAGGGGGAGCCCGGCCCUAGAGGCGCGGAUGGAGCCGCAGGGCCCCGGGGUCCCCCAGGCCUCAAGGGCGAGCAGGGGGACACGGUGGUGAUCGACUACGACGGCAGGGUCCUGGAUGCCCUGAAGGGUCCCCCUGGGCCGCAGGGAGCCCCAGGGCCACCAGGGAUCCCCGGAGCCAAGGGUGAGCUCGGAUUGCCGGGUGCCCCAGGAAUCGAUGGAGAGAAGGGUCCCAAAGGACAGAAAGGAGACCCAGGAGAGCCCGGGCCGGCUGGGCCCAAAGGGGAAGCAGGCGAGAUGGGCCUAUCUGGCCUUCCGGGUGCCGACGGCCCCAAGGGAGAGAAGGGAGACUCAGCACCUGAGAGCCUGCAGGAGAGCCUGGCCCAGAUCAUAGCGGAACCAGGGCCCCCAGGGCCGCCAGGGCCCCCCGGCCCCCAGGGCCUCCCAGGAAUCCAGGGCCCCAAGGGCACGGAUGGAGCAAAGGGAGAGAAAGGUGCAUCCGGUGACAGAGGCCCUAGCGGCCUGCCUGGGCCAGCCGGCCCACCAGGCCUUAUUGGGUUACCAGGAACCAAAGGAGAGAAGGGCAGACCCGGGGAGCCAGGACUUGAUGGCUUCCCGGGACCCCGAGGCGAGAAAGGUGACCGGAGUGAGCGUGGGGAGAAGGGGGAGCGAGGAGUCCCUGGCCGGAAAGGCGUGAAGGGCCAGAAAGGAGAGCCGGGGCCACCCGGCCUGGACCAGCCGUGUCCUGUGGACCACCCCCAGUACGGAGGCAAGCAGGGGCUACCUGGCUCCAGGGGCCCAGCGAGGGGCAACAGGCCCUGCCCUGUGGGACAAGACGGGCUGCCUGUGCCGGGCUGCUGGCAUAAGUGAUCCCAGGCCCAGCUCACAACUUGUACAGAUCCGUGUGAACCUUUUUAAUUUCUGUAAAAACAGAACAGUAAUAUAUUGAUCUUUCAUGGAACACACCGCUGUGGCCUGUAAACCUGGUGAGUGCCACCCAGCCCAGCAGGCAGCAUGCAGGACAGGUGCACUUGCAGCCCUGCAGGGCUCUGCUUGCCCAGGAAGGAGACGACAGUGACCGCGCCUGCGUGGUUGGGCUUCUGGUCACUGGACGAGCAGACUUUGCCGGCCACUGUGCCCCCAACGCCAGGAGUCCGGCCAUACCGGAUCGAGCCAGACCCACUUGGCGUGCUGCUCUGCCCUCUCCAACUCCAGACCUCGGCCGCAGCUGGCCACCUGGACCCUGGUUCACCAAAGCACUUGGCACCGGGCCAGUAGGUGAAGAAAGCACCACGCUGGUCUGGCUUCCUCUGGCAGCAGCAAGCAAGGCCCAGACGCGGAGCCACCUGCGGGGCAGACUCCCAAGGCAGGGGAUGGAGAGCCCCUCCUGCGGCACCACUUCCUGCCUCACCACUUCACUCCUGAGGGGAGGCCCCCACCCGGGAAUGGGUCAGCCUGGCAGCAAGGUGCAGGGGGGCUGGCACAAGGCUGGCCCCUGCAGGUCUGCGGGGAUCCCCUCCUCUGUGUAACCGCAGUGCUCGCUCGUGGGAUGAACACCACCCGUGUCUGCUGUGCCUGUCCUUGCGGUUGGCCCUGGCCGCUUCUGGCACAGAGCGCUGGAGAGACAGGGACACUUUGGUAUCAGAGCCAACCCAGAAUCAGAGGAGGAAGUGCAGGAUUGGGCUGAGACAGGAUAGGAAGACAGCUCCACAUGGGCCUGCCACAAUCAGCACAGUCCUUGGGCCUGUUGCUCCCUGUCACUGAGCUCAGGCCCUGUGGCUUCCUCUACUCUUGUUGCCAGUGAAUGCUGCAUGCCGAUCACCCCAAAGCUUGUUGCCUUAAAAUAUGGCCAAGGGUGAUGGCACACACCUGUCAUCUCAGCACUCAGGAGGCUGAGGCAGGAGGAUCACAAGUUCAAGGCC